AUGUCCUCCUUCUUCACCGUCCCAGCGUCUCAGCGAAAGCGAAAGAGGGACAAUAAUGCUCCGGGCAAGGCAAGGAAGAGACGAGAGACGGACAGAAGUGACGCGCGAGAGGAAGCCGACGGUCAAGCCCGACGAAGAGGACGGCAAGCACGAGACCAAGAUGACGAGUCAAUCUCCGGCAGCGAAUCCGACGAUCAAGCUCAACCUGAGAACGACAUCGAAGAAUCAGAAGCUACCUCUGAAGAAGGCGAGACUGGUGCGGAGAGAAGAGUCCGACUCGCACAACGAUACCUGGACAACAUCAAACAAGAGAUAGACGAUACCGGUUUCGAUGCGGAAGACCUUGACCGAGACUUGAUUGCACAGAGACUAAAAGAGGAUGUGGACGAAGCGAAGGGUCGACAAUACCGCCUCAUUGCCGAGAAUCUAGACUUCACGAAUGCGAGCCAUGCGCCGUUCAUGAUGAACACAGGGGCGUCGACUGGGGUCGCUGUAUGUCAGCCAUAUGCGUACACCGUGAGCAAGGACAGGACUUUGAUCAAGUGGCAGCUUCAACCGCCUGACAGAGGUCGAAGAACCCGGCCCAAGCAGCUUGCGUAUGUCCGAGGUAUCAAAAUCAAGGCAUCAGCGCAGCAGCAACAUGGUCAUGCGGGCCCUAUACUCGCUGUAGCAGCAUCGCCGGAUGGCAAGUUCGUGGCUACCGGCGGUGCAGACAGGAAACUGAUCAUUUGGUCAGCGGAUGAGCUGCGGCCAUUGAAGACAUUUACGACUCAUAGAGAUGGAGUGACUGGACUUGCAUUUGCACCGAAUUCGUCGAAUCAGACUGGUUUCGGGCAGCAACUUUUCAGCGCAAGCAUGGAUCGAUCUUUAAAAACCUACAGCCUAUCCGGUGAGGACAGCCUUGCGUACGUGGAAACACUAUUUGGCCACCAAGAUCACAUUGUGGAUGUCUCAGCAGUAUCGGUCGACCAGUGCGUCACUGUAGGUGCCAGAGAUAGAAAAGCCAUGUGGUGGAAAGUUGUGGACGAAUCGCUCACAAGGUUCUUGGGUGAUAGCUCGGCUAAGGACGAGUAUCAGACGGGGAGUCUGGAUUGUGUUGCUGCGCUGCCGCCACAGAAUUUCGUGACCGGGUCCGAUUCGGGUGCUAUCAGUCUAUGGAGCAUCCACAAGAAGAAGGCCCUGUUCACAAUUCAUACAGCACAUGGUGUGGAAAAGCCACUUCCGCUCGAAGAGGUCACUUCCGAGGCAGAUCCGAAGAUUAUCGAAGAUCUGAAAAAAGACGAUCGACGGAGACCCAUACCACGAGCUAUCACCGCCCUGGCUGCCCUGCCCGGCACGGAUGUUGUCCUAAGUGGCAGCUGUGAUGGCUGGAUUCGGGUAUGGAAACUGAGCGAUGACAAGAGAUCGUUGAUCGCACUUGGCACCGUUGGCAAAGGCGAACCUGAAGGCAAUCAAAUGAAUGGGCACAUCAACGGGGACAUAAAACAACCCAACGGCGAUGUAAAUGGCGACUCUGCAUCACCGAGAGGCUCUAGGACGCCCUGCGCUUUAGCAGAAAGAUUAUUAGGUCCAGUCCGCGGCUAUGUCAACUCUUUGGCUGUGUUCGAGCGAAGAAAACAGAUCACAAAUGAGUUUGGCGGCAAAAAGGAAGGAGAAUGUCAAGGCCUGUGUAUCGUGGCAGGAACGGGCAAAGAGAUGAGGCUGGGCAGGUGGGAGAAGAUACCCCGUGGCAAGAACGGUGCGAUGGUGUUUGAAGUGCCUCUGAAGACUCAGUCAGCAUAG